AUGCAGUGGCGGCCUGUCCAGCGUCGGCUCGCGCUUGCCUGGACGCAUCACGAGGUUGUCCGGCCUGUCCGAUGUCGGCCAACCCUAUCCUCCAUCAGCCGGCGUCAAUUGUCUAGCUCCUCGUUCCAUUUCCCGACCUUCUCACAAUUUGACCGGUCAGACUUUACCAGUCAGCCGUACACAUCUAGCUAUGAGACUGGACUCCCGACCUCCGGACCUCUGGGGUCGACACCGGCAUUUGGCGCCCCACGCAUAACACCGAAGGUGCUGAAGCAUUACCUCGACCAGUAUGUGGUGGGACAGGAUCGCGCGAAGAAGGUGUUGAGUGUGGCUGUCUACAACCAUUACCAGAGGGUACAAGAAGUGCAAAGACGCGAGGAGGAGGCAGAAGAGCUUCUCAUGAAGCGACAACGGAGGGAGGCGCUAGAAGGUCACCCCUUGGAAGAUGAACUUUCUGGUCAGCAGCGCACAGUCGGUCUCCCGUCCACCACGAAGUCCCGCCAGGCCACUCUGUUGGACCAAGGCGAGCUGGUUGACACAUCUCCUCUACAGUUGGACAAGUCCAACAUUUUGCUACUUGGACCAUCUGGUGUUGGUAAGACGCUCAUGGCAAAGACACUGGCUCGUGUUCUGUCGGUGCCGUUCAGCAUCUCGGAUUGUACGCCUUUUACUCAGGCUGGCUACAUCGGAGAGGAUGCCGAGACCUGUGUUCACCGACUUCUGGCCGCUGCCAACUAUGACGUUGAGCAGGCGGAGCGAGGUAUUAUUGUCCUUGAUGAGGUCGACAAACUCGCGGCCGCCAAGGUCAGUCACGGGAAGGAUGUCGGUGGUGAAGGAGUGCAGCAAGCGCUCCUGAAGAUCAUCGAGGGUACUACGAUACAAGUGCAGGCCAAAAAUGAAAAGAACCCACGGACUACCAGCCCUCCGAACUCCUAUCCCUCCAACAGUCCGCUGGGAAACACACCAUUCCAGCCCCACAACAACAACCCUGCUGCCAAGGGCGAAGUCUACAACGUGCGCACGGACAACAUACUGUUCGUGUUCUCUGGCGCAUUCGUCGGUCUGCAAAAAGUGGUCAUGGACCGCAUCUCGCGUGGCUCCAUCGGAUUUGGCCAACCAGUCCGUUCAGCUUCGAGCACAAGCGAUAUUCCCGGUGCCCCAUAUUCUUCGAACAACGAACCACUUCCCAUCCUGCCAGGGUCUGAAGAAGAGGCAUUAUACAAGAAGCACCUCCCCUUCUUCACCUCCGUGUCUCCUGCCGCAGGCGGCGAGCCGACCUAUUUCAACUCACUCGACCUUCUGACUCCAGCGGACCUGCAGAGCUAUGGCUUCAUUCCCGAGCUGAUUGGCAGGAUUCCCGUCACUGCCGCGCUCUCGACCCUAACUCAACCCUUACUGUUGCGCAUUCUCACUGAACCCCGCAACUCCUUACUCGCCCAAUACACGACCCUUUUCUCGCUGUCCGGCAUCGAGCUCCGCUUCACCACGCCGGCGUUGCACAAAAUCGCAGCUAAUGCCUUCACAAUGGGCACGGGGGCUCGUGCUCUGCGCACCGAGAUGGAAACUAUUCUAAGCGACGCGAUGUUCGAAGCCCCCGGCUCCAGUGUCAAGUUCGUUCUUGUCACCCAGGCUGUGGCCGAGCGCAAGGAGAAGCCGAUCUAUCUUGCCCGUGGCCAAGGCGGAAAGUUCCACGCGAUGAUCUCUGCCGAGGAGAGCGAGUGGGAAGAAAAGACAAGGCGCGAAAAGAAGGGGAAGAAGAAAGACAAGGCCGACGGUGAUAGCGAAGGCAAUGAGCAUGCAUCGAACUUCCAGGAAUACCGGAAGCGAUCGAUAGGCUAA